UCGACCUACUGAUGGAUGGAUCGCUGACGUGGUGACCAAAUCGUUGCAUCCAGCGGUUCAUAAAGGAGGGGAAAGGCUCUGCGUCGCACACAUCAGAUAAAAAUGAAGGGACCAUGUAGGUUUGACACCGUCUGACAUGAGGAGGCUUUCUGGUUUUCGCCAUUUACGUCGCAGCAGUGACCUGUCUGCUACCAGCGCAUCUCAUCUGGUCCACAUCUGGAGCCGCGUGUCAGCUCAGGAGAGAUGCCGUCUCACCUAAAUGAUCCUAUUUCUCCUCCCGGUUUCCUGUUCCACUGAUUGAAUUCAUCUGAUGACUUGUGCCACACAGGGGUUGAAAAGGACAAAAACAAAUAAACAAAAAAGGAACAUCGAAAGCAGGAUGCAAAAUCUCCGUUUGGUUUUGAUGCAGCCUUUCAGCGUGUAAAUAAUUACAUGUGACUAUCAGAUGAAGGAUUGCCCUAAAACAUCUGAUGGAUUAACAAUGGGAGCACCUUUACAGAGUUGGCAUAAUGGAUAGACAAUAAACAAAAGAAGCUCAAGAAUUAACAACAUGGUCAUCACUGAUAGGAACAACAGCACCCCUGUGUGUAACAAUGAACCUCAGAAGGAUAGGAGAAAGUCUCGUCCUCAUGGCCUUCCCUCUCCGGCGCUCUGCUGCGCCUGUGGGCUAUGCAUCAUGCUGGCAGGACUCAACAUCACCCUGGUGGGAGCAUUUGCCUUCAGCACACUGGUGCCUUCCUCUAAUCCCCCGAUCAUCAUUGGACCCGUUCUGCUGCUGGUGGCCUUCUCCUUCUUUGGGGCCUGCUGUGUUUGCAGUCGCCUCCCUCCUCCGAGCAGCUCCAGAGGCUCUAAGGUGGGUGGCAGGGGGUCUGGGUUGAUGGGACAUGGUGGGCUGACUGGCAGAGCAGCGUUUGAAAUAGAAACCAGUGAGCACACUCUACAGGACACCACAGCUGUGCAGCUGAGCCCCACAUCUUCUCCUGGAUCAUCCAGAGCCUCCAGCCCUGAAGGAGAGGCCCCUGAUGGGGCCCUGCAAGGACCUUGGAAGCUGUUCACCAUGGAGACCAAUGGCCCUUCUUGUGCUUCUGCCACAGCAACAUACUCUGCCACUGCAGCAGCAGGUGGGGAGGUGAGGCUCAACCUACCGCGAGAGGAAGUGGACACCUAGCAAACGAAAAACUCUACCAAAGCCAGAUCUCCAGUUGUGUAAAUACGCUUCUGAGUUUGGUUGCUGGAGCCGAAUCUGUCCUGGGGGACAUAACUCCUACAUAGUGCCAUAUAAAGUUGUGAAGAGUGUGGUUUUAAUUUCUCCUACUGUGCAGCAGGUUGUUAGCAUGCAAUGUUGAACACACAUCAGCGUAUUUGUAAAUCUAAGCUUUGGAAUUCCAAUUCCUACCUCUCCUGUGGUGUUCCUUUACAAACGUUGUUAAAAAAAUCCAGGGCAUUAUGAACAGUUUUAAUGCAGAAAUGGAAAGGAAGAGAUUUCCUUUUUUCUCUACACCUGUGGUAACUGCUGACCUGAACCGUCAGCGUCGGUUUCAGAGGGCUUGAGAGAAACUUUGACCACAUAUUUAUUCUGAAAAGAUUAGACUUGAAAGGUCAGCAGCUGAUCUUGAAGUGGGGAACAUUUGGCAUUUGCUGAAUUGCUGAGCUUCUUUUAGGGACAUAUGAUUUUAUAGGUCACCGAGGUCCCAAAGCAAUAUUCUCUGAACAGAGAAUAAUUUCUAGGCACAAAACGAGUAUAUUUGCAGUAUAUUAACUCAGUGUUAAAACUCUGCACAUCAUCCGAUCUUUGGAAGCAUCAUUCUUGUAGCUUUUGUCAUCAAAACAGUGAACACUGUGAAUAUUGUGCUUUUCCUUAUGGUCUCAAAACCUUGUGAUAAUGUUAAACUUAUUGUGGGGCUCUAUUUAGAGCUGUGUGAAUGCAUGAAGUCUGCAUAACCUCUGUGUUCUAUUUAAGACAUUGCAAAGCCAAGUUUGUUCAUGUUGAAAAGCUGAGAUAACAUCCCUACCACUGUGAUGUCUUCUUAUCAGCCAUAAGUCUGAGUGAUCAGCGGAGACAUUAAACCCAUGAUCUCCUUCGAAAGGAAAGUUGCCUUAGAUUCAAAUUUCAGGAUCAAUUUAAUGAGGGCUAUAUAAAAAGUGCAAACUGCAGUUUUCUUAGAAAGCCUUUAUGUUGGUCUAGAUUUAAAAGCUGUGUUUGCUGCAUGCAAAUGGCCUAAAUGUCUCCUCUCCCACAUCUAUAUGGAGUAGCAACAGUGAAAUCUCUAAGCCAACAAAAUGACUGCAACAUUGUCCCUCAAAAGGACAUUUUUUGUUUCCCGAUAAAGCUUAGCUUCGAACUAAAUUAAAGCACUGAGCUUAAGUUUUUUUGUGCAUGCUUUGAAAACAAAAGAACUGAAAAUGCAGGUAUUAUUUCUGUGAUCAGUUGGUGUUUUGUCUGUGGUUUUAUUUUUGUGUAGCACAUGAAACCGAUGGAGAAAAAAAACAAACUGUAAAGGUCGGAACUAUUUUUGUGAGGUUUAUAAUUUAAAAUAACCCAUAUGUGAAUCCUAUAAAAGAGGUAAAUAAAAAAAAGCUUUCAGUAAACUUU